AUGCCUUCUCAGUCCGAGACUGAGAAGAAACAGAACGAGGAUAGUUCUCGUGACGUGUUCAUGUCGAAGCUGUGCCAGGGCUGUCCGCAGGCUCGAGAUGAAUGCGAGGUGUCGUAUGAAGGAACCCGUGGUCAUGGGUUUGGAUUCUGGCACGGCAAUGCAGCUGGUUAUGGGGUCACACCUAAUGUAGUUUUCCUUUAUGAGAACGAGAUUGCCAGUGUAGCUGCUGUCACAUCUCGAGACUUUUGCUUUGCCAUUGGCUCUCUCUAA